AUGGCCACGUUUGCGCAUACGCAUGCGCUCGGGCUCGGGAAGGAUCAUGACAGGGACCGAUCGAGCAGUUUUGGAUUCAAAGAUACCGACCAGGGUAUUAAGUGGCUAUGGAGUGAGGAAAACAUGCUACUGGAUCAACCAGCGCAGAUGCAGACGGAGUAA